UAUUUCAGUUUUAUGGUAGCCAAAUUUUGUCACUGAAAUUCUUUCAAUUCAACAACCAGUUGAUAUCAGAAAAACAACAUGAAAAUGGACGACAACUCGUCAAUUUACUUAGUUUGUCUCACUAAUGAUGGUGGACUUCCGUUGUUUACAAGAUCCAAGGGGCAGUCAAAAGCCUUGGCGUUUGCGGAGCAAGGCAUGCUGUAUGGAGUUCAGAUGUUCGCUCAAAAUCACGGCGUUGGUUUACAGAGUACUACGACAGAAGAAGCCAAAGUGGUAUGGAAAGUGUUCCAUGAAAGCGUUACAUUAGUUCUCAUUAUGCCUGAUGAUGGAUGCAGUGACAUUCAUCUUAAUACACUACUAGAUCACAUCUUCCAUACUAUGGUGAUGUUUAUAGGUCUGGAUACUCUAGAAAACAUCAAAAAUGUAGAACGUCUGAGAAGAGACUUAAAAGUUUGCCUGGGGGUGAUUGAUUCACUCUUAGUCAGCACAGAAUUCUUUGGUUCUGUGUGUGAAGCUGUGGAUGUAAUCGCCUCUCCAGAGAAUUCAACACUUCAGGAGCCACUUGAAUCCUUUGUCAAUAAUGCAGACAGCACCUUUGGCUGUUUACACUGUAAUGGUCAUCUUGUAGUAGCUACAGAUAAAUGGUGGAAUCUUACUGGCCAAGAGAAGGUGCUGCUGGCGUCUUUCGUCGACACUUUACCCUCAGGAACUUCAAGUGAUGUUCCGAUCUAUUUACCUCAUGCAAGUCCAAAGAUUCCUCAUCGUCUUCUGAGCAUAAGUCUCCUCCCAGGCGUCGUUGUUAGUGUCCUCUGUUUGGCCACGCCCACUCUGGCUGAGGCGGAGACCUCAUUGGUUGAAGCAGCUUGGCGGUCACAUGUUGAGUCACUGCGGGCGUGUCAGAAGGCUGCAGUCGCUGGUCAAUAUGUACCAAAGAGUCUCGGAAUAGAUUCUGGGAUUCUUGGGUUUCUGAUUGUAAAUACUGACCAGCACAAGUGUCUGUCAAGCUGUCGAUUACCCAUACAAGAAGGUAGUGCGGCAGACAGACGACCUUUGACACACACUCGCAGAAGACAGGUCUUGAACUCGUUCUACAGGAACACAGUAGGAACACUUUUCCCAGCAUGCCAUAGUCCACAGAGAAAAGAUCCAUCGGGAGACAUUCCAGCCACGUUUACUCAUAUGGUGAAAGAGACGUAUAUGCACGCAAAAGACCAUAAAUGUUAUGCCAUCCAUUCCGACAUGUAUCAACUGUUUGUACUUUGUUCAGUUGCUGUUCCAAACUAUGCACUCAGGUCGAUUUCUACAGACUUGCUCACCACUCUCACUAAAGAUAAAGUCUUCCUAGACAGAAGUAAGUCAAGCUAAAAGUGAGACACGAAAACAAGACGUUUAAGACGAUUAAGAUGAGCAAACUCUCAGCAGGCCGAGGAAUUGGCAUGAUGGGAGAACAUGUCUUUCAAAAGUAUUGUGAGAACUUCUUUGAUGGAUAAACAAAAAGCAGCUGAUGCUGAGGAGAUGAAGUUGUAGCCUUUUGACCGACAGUCUUCCUCAAGUUUGCAUGACCCUGAAAAGAAAUCCCUGCUUGAGUGUGUGAGGGAAACCUUUUACCGGCACGGGGCAAGGAAUGGUGAUCAAGAUAAGAACAUGUGACAAAUAAUGUAAGUUUUGACUCUACACUGUUGAAUGAAGCAUCAUUUAGUCGCCACCUUUCGAUUCUUUAUUGUGAAAAAACUCCACAGAUAUCAUGGGUUUGUACAGCAGAUGUCUGAAAGGCUAGAUCUUUUAAGCUACUUGCCAAGAACACUGUUUACUGAUGCUGUUCAGGUCAAGUUAAAAAGAUACCUCUUUAGUAAGAUUCAAAUACAUGACUUUUCUCAUUCUAAGGUAGAUUUCUUAAACAUGAAUGACUCGCGGACUUUUUAGGGUGUCAUGGCCGAGUGGUUAAGAGCAUUGAAUUUCAAGUUCUGGUGGUUUAAGUCACAUCGGAGUGUGGGUUUGAAUUCCGGUCAUGGCACUUGUAUCCUUGAGCAAGAUGCUUUACUAUAUUUGCUUCUCUUCCCAGAUGUGGGUAUAAACAGGUAUCUGCGAAGUUAGAGAGGUUGAUAUUGUGUAUGAAAAAAAUCACUAGUGCCAUACGGCCGCUCAGGGCUGUAUACUCUCCAGGGAGCUGAGAAAGGUUAAAUGAAUGUUAUUGGACCAAUGCCCAGGGCACUAAAGCCAUAAGAACUAGUGUAUUUAUAUUGUUAUUAUGUUAUUAGUACUCUAUUCCCUGCUCCAAAGCUGUGCUUUCUGAGUUGGGAUCUGAAAAACUAUUUAUUAAUGUACUGGUUUUUAUAUUUGCAACUUAAUGAAUACAGACAAAGGUAGGAACAGUAAGUUGAGUCAGUGGAAUUCUUAUGAGGAGUGUUCCAAGGAAUUUUGUAUGGAAAAGUAUAUGGAAGGAUGUUACAGUACAGAUUCAUAGGAAAGAAUAAGAUAUGUUUUUAUACAGGGAUGUAAAAUUACCAAUGCGUUUGUGGAUAAUGUCAAUAAAUUAACUGAGAUUUUCAGAGCUAUAACAUCUUCAAAACAAUAGAGAAUAACAAGGAGUUCAAAGCAAGUUCUCGUGGUACUGUUGGUG